CAACAAUACAAGUUACUAGACCAAGCCAAUCGUCCUUUAGCUCCAGCAGUGAAAAUAUGACACCUUUGCAUGUCUCUGCUGCCAACGUAAAUGGGGAUGGUUAUGACAGUGAUGGAUCCUAUUUUGCUCCUCCGUGCGAAGAUAGAUUUUUUUUGCUGAUUAAUUGGAUAAUUUUUCAAGAAACAUGAGCCAGCCACCGUUAAUUUAUAGUUUUGUGGCUAAAGGGAGUGUUGUGCUUGCUGAAUACACUCCCUUUUCGAGGAAUUUCAGCACUAUUACUGUCCAAUGCUUACAGAAUUUGCCUCAAAAUAAUAAGAAAUUCACCUUCUCAUCUGAUUGCCGCACAUUCAAUUUCCUGGUUGACAAAGAAUUUGUGUUCCUCAUGGUAGCUGAUGAAGCAGCUGGAAGAAGUGUUCCAUUUGUGUUUCUAGAACGUGUCAAGGAUGAUUUCAUGCACCGCUAUGGACAAAGUAUCAGUGUUAACAACUCCCAUCCACUCAUUGAUGAGGAAGAUGCUGAUAUGUUUGGGGACAGAUUUAGCACUGCUUACAGUCUUGAUAGGGAAUUUGGUCCAAGGCUGAAGGAGCAUAUGGAGUAUUGUAUAAAUCAUCCAGAGAAAAUGAGCAAACUUUCAAAGCUAAUAGCUCAUAUAACUGAGGUUAAAGGAAUAAUGGUGGACAAUAUAGAAUACGUAUGCUGUUGCUGGCCUCGUUACUAACAACUUAGCAAGUUGUAAUAGCACUCUGUAAACAUAAGUUUACUGCUUUAAAAUGUGGUGGUUUUAUGGAUUUAAUGCUGAGUAUUUGAGCUCAAU